GCCCAGCACUGCAGUCGCCGCUCCUUUAACAAGGUGUCACUGUUGUUGAGCUGCUGGGCUAGAGUCGACACAGCCUCAAAGGGUGACAGGACGGGAGAGCUUUUCCCCUUCUGACAGGAGAUGACUGUGAGCUGGCCUAGUAGGCACAGGAGAUCCGAUCCAUUGGCUUCUUCUCACUGCUGCCACUAGUGUCAUAAGCCUGUGUGUAGCCUGCACUGCUGCUGCCUGUACCACUCUACUGCUGUAGUUGCUGCUCUCCCUCCCUCUGAUCCGGAUGGGCAGAGUGGGAUGGAAGCCCUCGCUGGAAGCCUGUUCGUGGAAAUGCUCUUUGCCGUUGUUAGCGCUGUAGCUCCGUGCUGGUGACAACAAAAUGCCGUUAAAAUGGAAAAGCGGUUCUCCUGUCAGCUGGAAAUUCCCAGUGCCAGUUCUUAAGACAUCCAGGUCCUCGCCGCUCUCUCCUGCCUACAUCCACCAACACUCCUUUGUGGUUUGGACAACCCACUCUCUCCUCGCUGCCUCUCCGACUUACCACCUGACAGGAUCCCUCGUGGAGGACGACGACCCUCACAUGAAAGUGUCGCUGGGGUGUGGUGACAUGGGCAUCUCUGCCCACCUACAGGCUUCAAAAACCGGAAACACUCGUUUCUUUACGAGCAACACGCACAGCUCAGUAGUCCUUCAGGGAUUUGACCAGCUGAGGAUAGAGGGAUUACUGUGUGAUGUCACGCUGGUGGCGGGGGACGGAGACGAAGCCUUCCCAGUGCAUCGCGCCAUGAUGGCCUCCUCCAGCGACUACUUCAAAGCCAUGUUCACAGGUGGAAUGAAGGAACAGGAUUUAAUGUGCAUCAAGCUUCAUGGUGUCAACCGAAUAGGCCUGAAGAAGAUCAUAGACUUCAUCUACACGGCCAAGCUGUCUCUCAACAUGGAGAACCUGCAGGACACACUGGAGGCAGCCAGCUUCCUCCAGAUCCUCCCCGUGCUCGACUUCUGCAAGGUCUUUCUUAUAUCUGGGGUGUCCCUGGAUAACUGUGUGGAGGUGGGGCGCAUAGCUAACGCAUACAACCUCACUGAGGUAGACAAAUACGUCAACAACUUCAUCCUCAAGAACUUCCCCUCGUUUCUGGGCACGGGGGAGUUUAUCAAGCUGCCCUUUGAGCGGCUGGCCUUUGUUCUGUCCAGUAACAGUCUGAAGCACUGCAGCGAGCUGGACCUGUUCAAGGCUGCGUGCCGCUGGCUCCGCUAUGAGGACGGACGCAUGGACCACGCCCCCAAGCUCAUGAAGAACAUCCGCUUCCCCCUCAUGAACCCCCAGGAGCUCAUCAACUACGUGCAGACUGUAGACUUUAUGCGCACAGACAACACAUGCGUAAACCUCCUCCUGGAGGCCAGUAACUACCAGAUGAUGCCCUACAUGCAGCCGGUCAUGCAGUCGGAGAGGACGGCCAUCCGCUCAGACAGCGGCCACCUGGUCACCCUGGGCGGCGUCCUGCGCCAGCAGCUGGUGGUCAGUAAGGAGCUGCGUCUGUUUGACGAGAAGGCCCACGAGUGGAAGGCGCUGGCGCCCAUGGACGCCCCCCGCUACCAGCACGGCAUCGCCGUCAUCGGCAACUUCCUCUACGUGGUGGGAGGCCAGAGCAACUACGACACCAAAGGCAAGACGGCGGUGGACACGGUGUUCCGGUACGACCCGCGCUACAACAAGUGGAUGCAGGUGGCGUGCCUUAACGAAAAACGUACUUUCUUCCACCUCAGCGCUCUCAAAGGACACCUCUACGCCGUGGGUGGCCGCAACGCUGCGGGAGAGCUGGCCACAGUGGAGUGCUACAACCCGAGGACAAACGAGUGGACAUACGUCGCCAAAAUGAACGAGCCACACUACGGCCACGCAGGGACUGUGUACGGCGGUUACAUGUAUAUUUCCGGGGGAAUCACUCACGACACGUUUCAGAAAGAGCUGAUGUGCUUUGACCCAGACGCAGACAAAUGGACUCAGAAAGCGCCCAUGACCACUGUGCGUGGCCUGCACUGUAUGUGCACGGUGGGCGACCGCCUCUACGUCAUCGGGGGGAAUCACUUCCGGGGCACCAGCGACUAUGAUGACGUGCUGAGCUGUGAGUACUACUCUCCGGCCCUGGACCUGUGGACGCCCAUCGCCGCCAUGCUGCGGGGCCAGAGUGACGUGGGCGUGGCUGUGUUUGAGAACAAGAUCUACGUGGUGGGAGGCUACUCGUGGAACAACCGCUGCAUGGUGGAGAUAGUGCAGAAGUAUGACCCGGAGAAAGACGAGUGGCACAAAGUGUUUGACCUGCCUGAGUCGCUGGGCGGGAUCCGAGCCUGCACACUCACAGUGUUUCCCCCAGAGGACAUGAUGGGAUCCCCCUCCAGAGAGUCACCCCUCUCAGCCCCUUGAAGAAUGGGGGGGGGGGGGCACACCCCGCUCCGCUCACACCCCCACAACCCCCCACACCCCAUAGACAUUGUUUGCACUUUGGACUACAUCUGUACUGCAUCCCGAUACACCCUCUCCUCCCCCAAAGCUGUGCAGAACUCCCCUCCCUAGUGAUGAAAUCCACAUACCGAUAUGGUUUGGCAACCUAAUUAAAUGUUAUUGCAUAUUCGGUAUAUUUUGGCAGGAAAUACCUUGACUUGAAGAGUGACUUUGCAAUUCAACUUUUCUACCUGAUGUCUUUGGAGUUAUGUCCUGUUUCUUUAGAUGUUUUACCGGGUAAAAACCAUGCUGUUGAUGACCAUACUGACUCUUUUAAGUCUGUGCCAGGUUAGGGGCAGUUGACCCCCCAGAGGGGCAAGAUAGGGGCAGCUGAGCUCCACACAGAUAUGGUUUAAACUCAGGGGUCGGCCCUUCACCCCCUCUCUCUCCUUCUUUCAGAUUCAGUUAUUUCCUGCUAUUGCUAUGAAACCGUUAACAAAAUUGUUUUUUCUAAAUUUAAUAAACAAGAUUUUGGAAAAAAGAAUAUCGUCUCCCCAAAGUAUCUUGCUAUUUACUUGUUCACAUGAUUGAUGCAUUCUCUUUAUAUUGAGCUUAAUGUCAACUGACAUGUGAGGUAUAAAUAUCUGUUUUAGAACCUCCUGCAAAGUAUAUUUUCCACAUGAAAA